AUGACCGCAACGUGUUGUUCGUGUUUAUCUCUAUCGGCAGAAUCAUCAAAGAGAAUGAUUGUGACUGGACCAAACGGUGAAAAAAAAAUGUACGUUGAACACGCAUCAAAAUCGGAUUUGAAAGGAUCCGCAACGGGAUACGUAUAUACCAGCGAUGGAUACGGUCCUGGAACGAUGGUAAAACUGGAUGAAACAUAUUAUGUUCAACCCAAUGAUUUUGCACAGUUUGUAAAUCGAGGUUUCGAGUCUCUUUUACAUCCGGCUUAUUACGCUCAAGAUGAAAGAGGUGAAAGUGGUUUCUAUGGGAAUGAAGGGUAUGGAUAUCGAAACGGAGACGUUGUCUAUGGCGGAGUAAACGAUGAAAAUGGUUACAAACAUUAUGAAGACUAUAACAAAGAAGUACAGGAAAAAAAACACGGCAAAGAAAUAGAAUCGUACGAUAAGGAAGAUAGUAUAAGCGAUACAAAACAUUUUAUACAAGAUGGAAAGUACCACGGAGUGAAAGAAGAGAAAAAUGGAGAAGAAGGUGAAAAAUUUACUAUGAAAAAAAAUCAUAAAAAAGGAUAUAAAACAACCGGAUUUCACAACGUUUACCACAAAGAAGAAUUUAAAAAAGAUCAUGUUUUUUUCGACGAAACAAACGACGGAGGACAUCACUCGAAAAUGGGUAACAAACACGAAACACACGAAUCCGACGGUAAAGAUUAUAAAAAAACGAGUCAUGAAAACAGCGGACGACACCACGACGAAUACCACAAAAAAGGAUCAUUUCGAAAAGGAGAUUUUCAAAGUUCCGCAAAAGGGUUUCGCGAAUCCGAAGGAAACAACAAACAUUAUUCUGACAAUGUCGAAUAUGGGAGAAAACAAGAGAAAAAUUUUCAAAAUAAAUCUCGUUGGAAAUCGAUAACGGAAAUGGCGAUGAUGAAAAAACCGUUAAAAACGAAUCCAGUGAAAAAAUUCAAUUUAAAUUAA